UUGCAGAUGACUUACUCGAAGAUGAGACGUACAUAUAUUUUCCUUCUGAUUCUGGGGGCCGUUUGCUUGUAUUUGAGCAUUCACUGCCUGACUCCUUUUAAAGAAGAGCUGUUUGCUUUCAAGAAAGAAAGUGGGAACUUCCUUCAGCUCCCGGAAAUAGACUGCAGGCAGAAUCCUCCCUUCCUUGUCCUGCUGGUGACGUCCUCUCACAGACAGACGACCGCCCGGAUGGCCAUCAGGCAGACUUGGGGGAGAGAGAUGGUCAUUAAAGGAAAACGAAUAAAAACCUUCUUUCUCCUGGGAGUCACAGCCAAAGAGCAGGAAAUGACACUAGUCACCCUGGAAGGCCAGCAAUAUGGAGACAUUAUCCAGAGGGACUUUGUGGACGUCUAUGUCAAUUUGACUCUGAAGACCAUGAUGGGCAUUGAAUGGGUCCACCGCUUCUGCCCUCAGGCUGCCUUUGUGAUGAAGACAGACUCCGACAUGUUUGUAAACGUCUACUAUCUAACUGAACUACUUCUAAAGAAAAACAGAACAACUAGGUUUUUCACUGGCUUCUUAAUGAUGUCUAAUUUCCCAAUUAGGGAUAAUUCCAGUAAGUGGUUUGUCAGUAAAUACGAGUACCCGUGGGACAAGUACCCUCCAUUUUGCUCUGGCACGGGCUAUGUUUUUUCUAGUGAUGUUGCGAGCUGGGUGUAUUAUGUUUCAGACAGCGUCCCCUUCAUUAAAUUAGAAGAUGUGUUUGUGGGGCUCUGCCUGGAGAAACUGAACAUCAAGCUGGAGGAACUUCACUCAGAGCAGACAUUUUUCCCUGAAGGGUUGCGCUUUUCCACGUGUCGCUUUAAGAGAAUUGUGACCUGCCAUUUUAUCAAACCUCCAGAAAUGUUGACCUAUUGGCGGGCUCUGGAGAGUUCCGCGGCAGAAAAGUGCCCAGUUUUCUGAGGCGAGCCUAAGGGGACAUCUGGACAAAGGUCAGACCAGCCACAGUGAUCCUUGUUGGAAGUUGGUGGAUGGCCUUGCUGAGAGUCCUCAGGUGUGGGAGAGGAAGAAGG